GGGAGGUCAGGCUUGCCUGAUCAUUUCCCUUGAGUUAAAAGUACAACCCACCGAACCACGGCGCCGCCCACAGCAGAAGAAACUAAGAACGCUCCUUAUAGCUUCACCGAUUCUGGAAAGAUAUGUUGGAAAACAAGGCAAACCCGACUAUAAACAAGUCAACUGGCUUGCCUCGAAAACGAUUCUACCGAGCACGGGCACACAGCAAUCCACUAAGUGACUCCCACUUCCCUAUCCCUCUCUCCCCCAGCCAUGUUGACUAUUCACUUCAUUACCCUCAAUUAUUCCCCUCGUCUGAUCAGAUUAAUGGUUCCAAAAUCCAGUUUGCGGAUAUUGGUUGUGGUUUUGGAGGGCUUCUAAUUAGUCUUUCUACUCUUUUCCCUGAAACUCUAAUGAUCGGGAUGGAGCUUAGAGAUAAAGUGACUGAGUAUGUGAAGGAAAGGAUUUCUAGGUUAAGGGUGGCAAAUCCAGGUCAAUACCAGAAUAUCUCUGUUGUUCGGACUAAUUCGAUGAAAUACAUUCCCAAUUACUUUGAGAAAGGACAGCUUUCAAAGAUGUUUUUCCUAUUUCCUGAUCCUCACUUCAAAGAGAAAAAUCAUCGCCGUAGAGUAAUCAGUCCCCAUUUGUUACAUGAGUAUGCUUAUGUCCUUCAGGUUGGUGGGAUUAUAUACACCAUUACAGAUGUGGAAGAACUUGGAGAGUGGAUGAAGUCUUGUUUAGAGAAUCAUCCCAUGUUUGAAGCCCUCUCACUGGAAGAGCUUGAAGCAGAUCCUGCAGUAAAACUCUUGAGCACUGCAACCGAAGAAGGACAGAAGGUUGCUAGGAACGGGGGACAGACUUUCCAAGCAGUUUACAGACGAAUUGUGCCAGCUUCAUGAGAGAACAGUUGGUCUGCCUAGGCUUCGUUGAGCCAAUGGAUCAUUCCUCUGGUGUAGUGAUACUUUAUCUAUUCAUAAGGACUGAAAUUUUUGGUAUGCUAUUAUUAUUAUUAAGAAGAAGAAGAAGAAGAAGAAAACCAGAGAGGUAUAGCACAUUUUAGAGUUUUGAAUCUUUAACCAUUUAGAGUUUCGUAUCUUUAACCAUUGAGCUUUGUUUUUUUCUUCUUUUUCUGAUUUGAUUAUCUCUUGGACUUUUCGGCAUGUGAUGCCAGAUCUCAUGUUGUAAACUAGCUAUCAAUCAGCAAGGAAAUUUUGGCUAUUCGAUUCAUAAACUCUUUUCAGAAAAGAUGAAUAAGAGCUUCAAGGCCACUUUAGUCAGUA